AUGAAGGCCACGCUCGCCACCAUCGCCCUCCUCGUCCUUGCUCUCGGCUGGACCUCUGAGGCUGUGCAAGUCGAAGAGAAUGGAUUGUCUUUCUCACUGUCAGCUGUUAGGAGGCUUCAGGAGCUGACGGAGGGAAGCUUUGGGACCGGACAGCAAAACCCACGAUUCAGGUCAAGCUCCAUGUCCCUCUGUGCUGACCCCAUGCUGCCCCAGGAGCUGCUGCCCCUCUGCAAGCAGAGAGGAGGAUCCGCAUCCCUGUCCAGAUUAGCUGCGGUUCCUCUGGACAUCUGUGAGAUCUGUGCGUUUGCCGCCUGCACUGGUUGCUAA